AUGAAAAUUCAUUCAGGUUGGCCAGCAGUCAAAAUUCGAUUAACAAAACAUGGUGUGGAACAUAUCAAACAAGUGGGGGUGAAAAUUUUGAAUGAGGAAAUUUCACGAUUAAGUGGAUUUCGAACGUUGCAUUCCUUCUCUGAGCAUGGUGUAACAGGACGUGUUCAAUUGUAUAAUGUUAAUGUGUUACGUUAUUCACCACCACGAUAUACAUCACUUGAAUUUGUUUCACCAUCUUAUAUUAUUUUUCAAAUGGAUCGAAUGGAUAUCGCCUUAGCUGGCCGAUUUGCUGGAACGGUAGCACUGUUACCAAUAACCGGUUCUGUAACCGGUGAUUUACGACAAAUGAGCGUUCGAUUACAAACAAAAUUUAACAGAGCUCAUGAUGGUUUAAUCGAAGUGAAAGUUGUUGGCUGUUCUACCAUUGUUCCGUACAGUCAUUUUUCCAUAAGCGCUAACGGUGCAUUAAAUGGUUUCGUGAAAAUGAUUGAGGUAUGA